UAAGUGCGCACCUCACCCACAGUCGACUCAACGGAACGAAAAUAACAUCGCGGGCCGCAAAACAAGAAAACAUUCUCGAUAAGGAAAGGCGAGGCGAAACAGUUGCGCCGCACACUUCGGACCGGGAACAACGCUCCACCGAUUCGAUCGCGGAGACCCCUUUCAAAAUGCCCGAUAACAGCAACAAGUUCUGCACCUCCAACAAGGUCCGCAUUCCGACAUGGAUUAAUGAGGCCUACUUCAAGCGGCUGCUCAAAAAGGAGUUCCGCGAGUUCCGACGGAUCCUAAACCUCUCGAUCAUUCCGGCCACUCCGCCCGGAGAAACCUACACAUCGCUGCUGAUGCGCAUCGUUAUAGACAUCGAGAUGAAAGAUGGAUUCUCUCAACAAAAGACGUACAUUGUGAAGACCAUGUUGGACGAUGCCCAGGGAAAUGGUGGCUUCGUGAACACCCUGAACAUUUUUCCCAAGGAGAAGAUGAUGUACGAUACGAUCAUUCCUCAGUUCGAACAGCUUUACGAGAAGGCCGGGCUCAGUGUGAAGUUCGCACCCAAGUGCCAUUGGUCGGAAGAGAUUAACGGAAGGAUCUGCCUGGUGCAGGAGGAUCUGCAAACGAAAAAGUUUCGAAAUAUCAACCGCCUCAAGGGAUUCGACAUGGCUCAAAUGCAGCGCAUCCUGGAGAAGUUGGCCGAGUUCCAUGCGGCGAGUGCCGUUUGGCGCCAAAGGAAUGGUCCCUUCCCAGAUGAUUUCCAGCGCAUAUACCUUCCCGCCAACUACAAUCGAUCCAAAUCGUAUCAGGCCAGGGUCCAGAGCUAUAAGAUGGCCAUGGCCAGUUGGGGUCUGCAGGAUCACGAGCAGUACGUGAAUCGCGUUCCAACUGCUGAUCAAUUUGUGCAAUCCUACGCCCGCUGUUUUAACAAUAACCCGCAGGAAUUCAAAGUCCUCAAUCACGGCGAUUUUUGGUCCAGCAACAUAAUGCUGAGCUCCACUCACUCCGGUGAAAUCAACCAGAUACGUUUUGUGGACUUCCAGCUGUGUAAAUGGGGCAGUCCGGCCCAGGAUUUGUGGGGACUUAUCAUUGGUUCGGCCAGACAUUCGAUCAGGAUUCCGCACUUCGACUGCUUCAUCAGGAUAUACCACACUCACUUGGUUCGCUGUUUAAAAAUCCUUAACUACAGCGAGAAAAUGCCAAUGCUGAAGGAGCUUCAUAUGAAAAUGAUCAAGUAUGGAUUUUGGGGUUACUUUACCGCCUUCACCCAUUUGGUGUUCAUACUGCUGCCGGUGGACACGGAGGCCAGUUUGGUGAAGCUUACUCAACCAGGAGAGGAAGGAGAUCGAUUCCGGGCGAAAGUCUACACAAAUCCCCUUUACGUGCGGGCUGCACUGAGUAUAUUCCCCUUCCUCUACAGGCGUGGCAUUCUUGACUUUUGAAGCAACACUUGCCAACUAAUACCAAUCCCUAUCCAUAUUUACUGUAUCUCAUCCGGCCGACUUUAACUUUUUACAAGUUGCAUUUAAAUAUUUUAUGCAAAUAGCAGAGUAACUAACCAUGCAAACUUUGAUACACUUAAUAAUAAACUAACUUUCUACA